AUGGCUACACGAUCUACGCUUCGGCCCCUUCGAUUGAACGGGGCCACAUUUUCAACACCGAGCCACAAAUCUCAGCUGCUCCUGCGAGGCAAAGGCUCUUGGAAUAAACGCUUCACGUCUACUACUACUACGGCAGCUCCUCCGACAGCUCCCGCAAAGCCUUCCAAGAGUCGUUUUCGCAAAUACGUUUUUCGCACAUCGCUUGCGUUGGUACUUUUCGGUGGAUAUCUCUACGUUACAGACACCCGAGCCAGCGUACAUAAAUAUGUGGCUGUGCCGCUGGUACGAUGGCUGUAUCCGGAUGCGGAGGAUGCGCAUCAUGCGGGCGUUGAUGGGCUCAAGGAACUGUACAGAUUAGGUCUGCACCCACGGGAGCGUGAUUCUCCUGAUAAAGAUGGGAAAUUAGCGACGGAGGUCUUUGGAUACACGCUUUCCAAUCCUAUUGGCAUAUCUGGAGGUCUAGACAAACAUGCCGAUAUCCCAGAUCCUCUGUUUGAGCUGGGGCCUGCUAUUGUAGAAGUUGGAGGCACAACCCCCUUGCCCCAAGACGGAAACCCAAAGCCCCGCGUGUUUAGAGUGGUCUCUCAGUCCGCAAUGAUCAAUCGCUAUGGCCUGAACUCCAAGGGUGCUGAUCACAUGGCCAAAGUCUUGAAAGAGCGCGUCCGCGCUUUUGCCUAUGCGCACGGCUUUGGCGAUCACGAUGUCGCCGAGCAACGCGUGUUGAACGGCGAAGCAGGCGUUCCUCCUGGAAGUCUGUUCGAUGGCAAGCUGCUUGCUGUGCAAGUUGCCAAGAACAAACUCACGCCUGAGUCAGACAUUGCAGCUGUCGCGGGGGACUACGUGUACUGUGUUGACCGACUUGCGCCCUACGCCGACAUUGUCGUCGUCAAUGUGUCCAGCCCCAACACACCGGGCCUGCGCGGUCUCCAAGCCGCCGGCCCUCUGACAGAGAUCCUCAAGGGUGUUGUUGGCGCAGCCAGAAAAAUUGAUCGCAAGACCAAACCCUUUGUCAUGGUCAAAGUAAGUCCCGACGAGGACUCUGACGAGCAAGUCGACGGAAUCUGUCAUGCGGUGCGGGAAUCCGGUGUGGAUGGAGUGAUUGUCGGCAACACAACAAACCGUCGACCAAAUCCUUUACCUCGGGGUUACGUGCUGCCGGCCAAGGAACAGCAGACGCUCACCGAGACGGGCGGAUACUCGGGGCCGCAGCUUUUUGAGGGUACAGUUGCGCUGGUGUCACGGUACAAGGAAAAACUCGCCGGGGAGGGCGCUCCCAAGGCCAUCUUUGCUUCUGGUGGCAUCACCACUGGCCAACAGGCGCAGGCCGUCCUCGACGCAGGAGCAUCUGUUGCCAUGAUGUACACAGCAAUCACAUAUGGCGGAUCAGGAACCGUCACGCGAGUGAAGAACGAACUUCGUGAAGUAAGGGAAAAAUAG